AUGUAUGAUCGUGUUAAUCGACAAAUCGCUAUCACAAUCGCUAAAUAUCCGCGCCAUUUGCUUCUCGCAACACUUUUAUUCUCAGCAUUUCUAUCAUCGGCGUUAUUUAAUUCAACUUUAGAGUAUGAUAUACGACGCAGCUUCUCACCACCUAAAUCAAGAGCAACUAGAGAAGAAGAAAUAUAUAAGCAAUUUUAUGAAAUUGGUAGCGUUCCGCAAAGAACUUUUAUGAUAUUUUAUGCAAAAGAUGGUGGAACUAUGUUACGUAAAAAUCAUAUUGAGGAAAUGUAUCAAAUUAAUCGAAUAAUGACUGAUGUAUUGAAUAGUACUGAAUAUUCCCAUCUACCAAUCUGUCAUCCAUUUUGUAACAUAAAUGCGCCAUUUGACCUUUUCUGGAAUGAAUUCAUGAAACAUGACAGUAAUACUACUACUGAUUAUGACGAAGAUGCUAUAUUUGCCUUUCCGACAUCAAUAAUAUUUGGACAGGAAUUGUUUCUUCGAUCAAAUUUGUUCGGUGUACAAACUUCCGAUCAUAUAUUCCCGAAUCGAUCUACGAUAAUAAAAGUAGGAACUAUUAUGUUUUGGCACUUGGCCGAUGCUGAUAAUAAACGUAAACUUAAGAUCCUUCGAAAUGUAACAGUUACAUUAUUUGAAAUGUCCAGAAAGCGAGAUGCCACUAAAUGGAUUAAUUUUAAUAUUUUUGGUGAUGAAAUUGCAAACAAUGAAAUGAUCCGAGGCGCUUAUCAAGCGACGAAAUUGAUGACAAUUGGAUUCCUUUUCCUCAUAUGUUUCGUAUUUCUUAUUGUGUGGCGUAAAAUGGAACUACGUCUUCUUCCUCCCAUUGUUUUUGCUACUAUAUUUUCACCACUUCUGGCUGCCACCUCAUCCUUUGGUAUUAUUUCCUGGCUACGAUUACCCAUUUAUUCUAUGAUGUGUGUCACACCAUUUCUGAUUCUUGGAAUUGGAGUGGAUGAUGCAUUUAUUAUGAUCCAAACGUGGACUCGUCUAAAGUUCAUAAAAUCUCGAGAAGAGAGAUUGGCACAAGUUUUAGUGGAAAUAGGACCAUCAAUUAGCAUCACAUCUAUAACCAAUCUGAUUGCUUUUGGUAUUGGUUACUUAACGCCAACACCACAGAUGAGCCUAUUCUGUUUGUGCACAUCAUUCGCUUGUUUAUUUGAUUAUAUUUUCACAUUUACACUCUUGACACCAAUUCUUUAUUUGGCUAAUAAAUCAGAGAAUGUCUAUAUAAUGGCUGAAAAAGUGCCAAAAAAUAAGCUUGGCGAAUAUUGCCUGACAAAUUAUAGCAAAUUGAUAUGUUCGUGGAGAGGUCGAAUUAUUGCAGUAUUCGUACUGGCGGUAUUAUACUUCAUGGCAUCAGUAGGAGUUAUGAAAAUGAAAUCAACUUUUGAACCUGUAAAAGCAUUUCCAUCUGAUUCGAUAUCUACAAGUUCAUUUGUUAUCCUUCGGCAUGUUUUCGAUGAAUUUUUCCCACUUCAAGCUAUCAUAAAUAAGCCACCAAACAUUAGUGAUUCAACAGAAUAUAAUGAGUUUUAUGAUAUGAUAAGAAGUUUGGAAGCGGUACCUAACAGUUAUGGACCCAAUCGAACGAUGGUUUUCUUGCAAAUAUAUGAAGAUUUUGAUCGAAAAAUAUGCAAUUUCUUUAAUAUGUUAGGUAUGGGAGAUCAGAAUGAUUUCACGCCGUCGUACGAUAAUUUACCGAUAUUUCUGAAUCAUUUCCACAAUCUACCAUUCAUCAAAACGAGGAUCGAUGAAAAAGGUGAACACAGGCUGGUAUCAUUCAUAAUUACAGCAAUUGCACAAAAUAUGUCUGAAUGGUCCAAUCGUGCCGAAUAUGUAGAUGCAUGUCGUAAGGUCUUACAUAAUUACCCACGUUUCAAUGCCACCGUUUAUGAUGGAGAUUCGGCUGUGCUUGAUUUAGUACUAACUGCAAAAAAGGAUCUUAUUGGAUCAGUUGCUGUUACGGUCAUUUGUAUGGCAGCUGUAUGCUUAUUUUUCAUUGGCAGCAAGAUUGGCGUACUUAUUAUUACUUUCACGAUCUCGUCCAUUUGUUUUACAUUAGUUGGUUCAUUAUCAUGGUGGGGAGCGGAUAUGGAUCCUGUAACAAUGAUUGAUGUACUUAUUGCCACUGGAUUUAGCGUCGACUACACCGUUCAUAUCGCAUACAAGUUUUACAAACUGACUGGUGGUCGAGAAGAGCGAAUUAAACAAAGUUUCCGCGAAAUGUGCGGUCCCAUGCUCCAGGCUGGCAUAUCAACGAUACUUUGCAUGUUGCCGCUUAUCUUUGUUCCAACUUAUGCAAUUUUAGCAUUUGCUAAAACUAUCUUUUUGGAUGUAGGUUUAGCUCUGUUGCAUGGACUUUUCAUAUUACCUAUUUUACUGGUCACCUUAUGUCGCAAUAAACGGGAAGAAAGCAGCACCAACAAAACAACAAUAACAUCCGGAAUGAUGAAUAACAAUAUGAUGAAUAGUGGCUGUCUAUUAGAAAAAUGA